GCUGCGGCUGCGGGCGGGAAGCUUAGAGCGCGCGAGGAAAGUAUAAGUGCGGAGAUUCCCUUUGCUGACCUUUCGGAGCGGCGAGUUGCUGCUCUGUCAUUUCCGGCUUGCCAAAAAAGCCUCUAUUCCGCGCCUUCCCCACUUGGGUUUUUUGGACGGCUGGCUUUCCUCUUCCAAGCUGUUCCUUUGGCUUGGAAAGAACAGGUCGGGCGGUCCGAGCGGUUUUGCCGGUCUUUUCAUCUGCGUGAAAACCACGGACCGAGUGGCUUGUUCCUUCCGCGCUUGGCAACUUAACCUGGGCACACGCAUUCCUUUAAACCGGGAGGAGCGCAAAUGCUCUAGAAAGCGUAUCCCCAAUGCGGGGUUGCUGCACCUCUCUCCCUUCCCAGCGAGGCUUUUGGGGAGAAAAUGAGAAAAUGUGCCCCAUUUGAGGAAAAACUGUCUUCAGCUCUUGAAGAGUGGUAAAAAAACGAAGGCUUCUGUGAACUUGAUAGCAAAGGAUUUAUGAUCUCUGCCAUCGAAAUGAAAUCUUUAAAGUAGAUAAAUUUCAUACAAGAUUUAUGGACAAAGAGACAAGAUACUCUUUUACAUCAGCAAGCCUGCAAUGUAAUAUGUAUUGAGAAGCUUGCAAAGCCAUGCAGAGAUCUGGGAAAGAACUUUCCAAAACUCUCCAUCAGGAAGACAAGGAAGUAAAUGGGAUGUCUGAAGGUGUCUCUUGCUCCCUUUCACUUCCUUCUCCACUUCUCUGCUUGAGUGGUGAGAGAAACACACAAGUGGAAAUGCUGGAAAAAGCUCAGGAGCUCUUCCGGCUCUGUGAUAAGGAGGAGAAGGGUUUCAUAACAAGAUUUGACAUGCAGCGGUUACAAAGUGAGCUACCAUUCACCACUGAACAGCUGGAGGCUGUUUUUGACAGUCUGGUGCAAGACAAUAAUGGUUACCUCACCCCAGUAGAAUUCAGUGUAGGCCUAGGAAAGUUCAUAGGAAACGAGCCACACCAGAACUCUGAAAAUGCGAGUCACGAGGAGACCUUUGAGUCUAGCUGGUCAGAGGAAUUGGACCAGACAGAUGAAGGAGAGAAACAGUUUUGCUCUGUGCUGGAGCAGUUUGAAGCAUCCCAGGUCUUUGAAGAUCAGGGUGAAGUUCAAGAGCUUUGGGUUCGAAUCAGAAAAGAGGCACCAGAACUCCUAGCCAGUUUUGAAGGAUUUCUUUUCCAUAUUUCGUCAUACAUCAAGGAUCUGCACCAUGAGAAAGAAUCCAUGGAACUGGUAUUAAAACGAAAAGAGACCGACCAUGACCGAGAAAUCAGGUGUCUCUAUGAGGAAAUGGAGCAACAAAUUAAAGCUGAAAGGGAGAGGCUGGUCCAGCAGGCGUCAACAAGGCUUGAGAAAAACAACAUGUUUCAGAAAGAGCUGCAGAACAAAGAGCAAGAAUUCGAGAAAAUUCUUUACCGGCAGAAAAAGUUGGAGCAUCAGUUACACUGCCAGCACUCUGAGCAGCUUGAAAUGCGCAUACAAAAUGAGAGAUUACAAAUUCUAAGUGAAAAUCUCCUGGAUCAACUGGAAAGGACCAAAUGGGAGCUGGAAGCAGCCCAAAGUCGGUUGCAAGAAUUGCAGAAAGAAGCCCAGGCAGAGCAAGAACAGAAGAGCAGAGAUAUAUUUCAAGCUUCUAAGAAUAUGCAGAAAGAAAAACAAAGCCUUUUGCGUCAGUUGGAGCUCCUCAGAGAGAUGAACAAAAAUCUGCGAGAUGAGAGAGACACAGUUGAAGCUAAGAAGAUGGUCAGUCUGAAAAAGAACAUUUUAAUCCCCAGCCACCACUCCUUUGCCUGCUGUCGUUGCUGCCAUCACUUGGGGACAUUUCAUUUACCUGCUGGGGGAUACUAACAGAAACACAGACUUUAAUUAUUCUUUUUUUUUAAGGAUGUUUCUUUUUCUAAGUCUAAAUGAAGCGAGGACUGCAUUUUUGCAAACCCCAGUCAUUGCAAAAACAAAAAAAAAAUCAGUAUAGCUUGCCUAUUUCUGGUUGUACAGGAAAGACUAUCUAAGCAGAUGUUCUUUGGACCGGAAAGCAUGGAAGAAAUGUUUGCACUUUUUGAACUCCUUGCACUAAAGGUAAAAUACACAUUAACUGAAUCUAUAGAAAAUUGAAUUUUCCUCAUGCAGUUUAAAGAAAAAGUCUUCUCUUUCCCUCUAUUGCAGGGGUGUCCAAACUUGGUCCCUUUAAGACUUUUGGACUUCAACUCCCAGAGUCCCUCAGCCAGCAAAGCUGGCUGAGGAACUCUGGGAGUUGAAGUCCAAAAGUCUUAAAGGGACCAAGUUUGGACACCCCUGCUCUAUUGUCACUGUUUCUAAUAACUUGGGAAUUUUUACCUGCAAGCCCCAUGUCUUACUUUACCACAGAUAGCACUUUAUACCAGCUCUUUUGCGAUAUUUAUUCAUGAUUUUUUUCAGUUUUCACAGUUGCGUAGCUUUAUUAAAACCUGAAGGAUUUGUGUAUGACCCUUUCUGUUCCUUACCUAGGUCUGCUCCAGUAAUGGACUACCCACCCACCCCUUUUUUUUCUAUAAUGGCAUGUGUGUACAUAGGCACACAGAAGUGCACAUACACUUGUAUACCUUUGUCUCAGAGGAAUGAGACGUAUAUAUUCAUCUCAUGAAGUAGAUUCCAAGGUACAGAUAUAGACCAAAUAUGAGGUAUAAAUGGAGCAUGAGCAAAAGAAGACUCAUGGGCUUCCAAUGAAGAAUAGUCUUGCUGUUUCAUAAAUGAAGGCAUGAAUAAAAAAUGAAGAAGAGAAAAAAUGUGAUUAACAUCUCUUGUCAGUUUUGUUGGGCAAUGAUAAACAGAAUUUUGAGGUGUUGCUUUUAAAAAAAAAACAAACCUUGAAUGGAGAUUUAUUGAAUCUGCUAAGUAAAAUUUUGUACAGAGCAAGAGAGGGAUCACAGCGUGAUGACUUGUUUUAGAAAUCUAUAUUAAUGUGUGUUAUUUGACUGAAUAUUUCACUAUUUAUCUCUGUGAUUAAUUGAUGUGUGGAAGUAUCUCCAGGUGAAUAAUUGAUGAGGAUACAUAUUAACAUUCCAUUGUAAAUAGUGAAAGGUGUUUUUUUGCUUCAGUAAUAUUUUCAUGUAAUUAUAAUUACCCAGGGAAAUAACUAUUGCAUAUUAUUCUCCAAAUCCUGUGAUGUGUUAAACUGGAGCAUGUAUAGAUACAAAGAUUAAUAAAAUCAUGUAAAUAGAAGUUUCAGUAAAUGAAGCUAAAUAUGAAUAUAAAAUGAACAA